AUGACUCUGGACGGCGCGCGUCGACUCUCCCAGUCCCUGCUCUUACCAAAGUUCCUUGGCGGCGGCAAGCGCAAGUUCCAAACUUUCCUCGUCAAGAAUGACCACGACGACCUUCAGCAGAUCUCCGACUGGAUAGCUCAAGGCAAGCUGAAGACCAUCAUUGACUCUACUUUUGAGUUUGAUGAAGUCCCCAAAGCCUACCUCAAGCUUAAGGGCGAGCACGGUCAGACGCCAUUUGGCAAGAUUGUCGUUCACGUUGUGCCCAAACCUUGA